AUGCGCACCCCGACUAGGGCUAUAUUCUUUUGCGCGUGCAGUUACACCAAUUGCCGCCCUGCCUGCCUUUGCUUAGUCCCCUCCAACCGCAUCUGCAGACCGUGCGUCGAGACGACGGCAGAGGAGAAGCGGCAGCUUUUGCUGCCAGCCGCCGAGCCUGCGCCCAACGAGGUGCGAGCCCGGGAAGUUGCUUUUGCGCUACGGGCGACCCCGGAAGUCAACGUGGAGGAGGAACCAGACUCUCCCGAAGAUGCAGGUGGGCCUCAGAGCCUCACGGAGCUGGCGAACCAACUCUUUGGGGUGGCCGAACUCGAGGAGGCGAGCCAGCGGACCGAGUCGACGGAGAUCCCAUCGCCUCUGGCGGCGGGUGCAUCGACGGCGUUGUCAGAGCACUCCGAAGCGCUGGAGGCUCCAGCGCCCUCAUCCGGCCUUCGGCUGUUGCAACAGCGCCGCCGCGAGCGUGCGGAGGCUGCGCCGCGGGCUGCAGGAAGCGCUGAAGCCGCCACUGACGGCGACACCUCCGCAGGGAACAG